AUGCGCUUUGACACCGCUCUCGUCGCCCUCGCGGCUGUCCUCCCCGCUGUCGAGGCCAUUCCCAUGAAGGAGCUCUUCGCCAAGCGCACCACACCGCUUGUGCUGCCCCUCAACGUGAAGAGUGGUUUCCGCAACAAGCUGUACCGUCCUUACAACUACCUCGCCAACGUCAAGACUUUGCCCGUCAUUGUUGGCGGCAGUGUCCAGGCUUCGAACAGCAGCUCUACCUCCAGUGACAGCGAGAGCAGUGCCUCUUCCGUUGACGCAAGCAACGACACUGAAAUCCUUGGUGGAAAGGCGUAUCAGCAGCAGUUUACGGUCAACGUCACGAUCGGCACUCCCCCUCAGGAUAUCGAGCUGCUGCUCGACACGGGUUCGUCGGAGAUCGUGGUCCUGACCGACGCAUGCGAGGCCUGCGUGACCAACGGACACUCCGUGUUGAACUAUGACCAGUCUACCACCUACCAGAGCGACAACAAGUCGGUGCAGGUCAACUACGGCACUGGUUCCGGCUCUGGUGUCGAGGCCGUGGACAUGAUCGGUCUCGGUUCCGACACCAUCGCCUUCACCUGGAUGAAUGUCCAGGAUUCCCUUCUCUGGUACUACCUCCCCGACACUGUUGCCGGCAUCUUUGGCAUGAGCUGGCUGUGGCCUCUGACCACCAACACGUCACUCAGCAUGGACCUGGCGCAUUACUACUGGCCCGAGCCCCGCUUCGGCAUCUACUUUGGCGAGCCCACGAUUCCGGCCGGUGUGAACAUGAGCAACGUCGGCCAGGGCACCACCUACAACGCCGGCGAGCUCACUCUUGGCGGCAUCAACACGUCGCGCUACACGGGCGACCUCAACACCAUGGACCUUGUCACGUCGGACCCGCAACGCUGGCUUGUCGACCUCCAGGGCAUCAAGGUCAACGGCGUCGACCUCCCCCUCAACCAGUCGCUGGGUUAUGCUACCCUUGUCGACUCGGGCAACGAGGGUAACCGUGUAGGCCCUGUGCUCUGCGACAAGAUCAAGGACAUUGUCAACGGCACCUACUACGGCACCCAGAUCAUGGUUCCAUGCAACCAGACAAUGUCCCUGUCAUGGACCUUCAACGGCGUCGAGUACCCCAUGGCCGAGCGCGACAUCUUCAACGCGCCCGAGUACUACCACCCUGGUGCCGGCAACUGCAUCCUCUCGUUCUCGUGCACCGACUCGUCCGCCAACGGAUACUCGUACGUCGUCGGAUCGCCGUUCAUGCGUAACGUCUACUCGGUCUUCUCGUACAACCCCCCCUCUGUGGCAUUCGGCAAGCUGGCAUAA